CAGACAACAGGCCCAUUACUGCUCGCCACAAUGCUCCGAUUUCACGCAGACGAACUUCUCAGCGCCACCAAUUGAAAAUGUUAAGAAAGACGACUUCCGAUGUGAUUUCCCGUUCUUAUUCGUAUAACCUUCACCGUCGCCGGGCAUCAUUUUCUUCAUCUUCUUGCAAAUUGGCGGUCACCAAUGAGGUUCUCAAUAUCAUUGAGCAAAUUAGCCCAAUGGAGCCAGCUCUUGAGAAGGUAGUCCCUUUUCUAACUCGUGAAGUGGUAGCUUCUGUUAUUGAAGAAAAAAAGAAAAACCUUGAAUUGGGAUUUAGAUUUUUUAUCUGGGCUAUGAAGAACAAGCGUCUUCGCAGCCGGGCUUCACAUAGUUUAAUAGUUGACAUGCUUGUUGGGGAUAAUUGUAGUGGUAAAAGUGGUCAUCUUGAUGGGUUUGAGUUAUAUUGGAGGAUUUUUGACGAGGUUAGGAAACGGGUGGGUCCUAUGGAUUCAGCUGCAUUGGCCGUAUUGAUUUCGGCGUAUUGGAAGAUUAAAAAUGCUGAAAAGGCCGUGGAAACAUUCGGGAAAAUGAGAGAGUUCGAUUGUACACCGGAUUUAUAUGUUUAUAACAUAAUAUUGCAUGUUGUAGUUAAGAAAGAUGUCAUUUUGUUAGCGUUGGCACUGUAUAAUAUGAUGUUGAAAUCAAAUUGUAGGCCUAAUUGCUCGACUUUUAACAUUUUGAUCCAUGGGUUGUGCAAGAGUGGGAAGACUCAGGAUGCGUUACAUCUGUUUGAUGAAAUGCGUGAUCUAGGAUUGUUGCCUAAUAAGACUACCUACACUAUGAUUCUCUUGGGUUUGUGUCAGGCGAAGAGGACUGAUGAUGCACAUAGGCUGUUUAAUUUGAUGAAGACUAGUGGUUGUUUGCCGGAUAAUGUCACUUAUAAUGCUUUGCUUAAUGGGUUUUGUAAGUUGGGCAGGGUUGAUGAGGCAUUUGCCCUGUUGAAGUCUUUUACAAAAGAUGGCUAUGCCGUUAAACUACCAGGCUACAGUUGUUUGGUUGAUGGCUUGAUUAGAGCCCGUAGGAUUGAUGAAGCACACGAACUCUUUCAGAAACUUUUUGAGAUUCCUGUGAUACCUGAUCGAGUAUUAUAUACGACUAUGAUGCGUGGGCUAUCGCAAGCUGGAAGGUUAAAGGAUGCUUUGAAUCUGUUGAAGGACAUGACACAAAGGGGUGUUGUACCAGAUACUCAAUGUUACAAUACUUUAAUUAAGGGGUUCUGUGACAUAGGUCUGUUAGAUCAAGCGCGGUCUCUUCAGCUAGAAAUUUCAAGGAAUGAUCUCUUCCCUGAUACAUGCACUUAUACUGUUUUAAUUUGUGCUUUGUGUGAGAAUGGCAUGGUUCGAGAGGCGCAGAAUAUUUUUGAUGAGAUGGAGAAGAUUGGCUGCUUUCCCUCUGUUGUAACCUUUAAUUCUCUUAUUCAUGGUUUAUGUAUGUCUGGUCUGCUUGAGAAAGCUCACCUUAUGUUCUACAGGAUGGAGAUAGGAAAAAACCCUUCAUUAUUUCUAAGGCUUUCUCAGGGUGCAGAUAGAGUUCUUGAUAGUGCAAGCCUCCAAACAAUGGUGGAGAAAUUGUGCGACUCUGGGUCGAUAUUAAAAGCUUACAAGCUUCUCAUGCAGCUGGCUGAUAGUGGGGUUGUACCAAAUGUCAUAACAUACAACAUUUUGAUAAAUGGCUUAUGCAAAGGUGGCAAUUUGAAUGGUGCUUUCAAACUUUUUGAGGAGCUCCAACUCAUGGGGCAUUCUCCCGAUAAAAUCACAUAUGGAACUCUAAUAGAUGGGCUUCAGAUGGCUGGUCGUGAAGAGGAUGCAUUUAAGCUCUUUGAACAGAUGAGUAAUAAUGGAUGCACGCCUGGCCCAGAGGUUUACAAGUCACUUAUGACUUGGGCUUGCAGAAAGAUGAAGACAUCUCUGGCUUCUAGCAUUUGGUUGAAAUAUAUGAAGGCUGUUGGUGGUGAGGCAAAUGAAAAAAUUGGGUCCAUUGAAAAACAUUUUGAGGAGGGAAACUUGGAAAUGGCUGUUAAAGGGAUACUUGAAAUUGAUUUUCAGUCAGUAACUUUUGAUUCUGCACCUUAUAAUAUUUGGCUCAUUGGUCUGUGUCAGGCACAAAGGACAGAGGAGGCUUUAAAGGUUUUCUCCAUCCUUGAGGAGCUUUCUAUAAAUAUAUCUGCUCCUGGUUGUGUGAUGUUAAUCCAGAGUCUUUGCAAUGAUGGAAAGCUGGAUCAGGCAAUUAGCAUUUUCCUGUACACUCUGGAGAAAGGCAUCCGAUUGAUGCCACGAAUCUGCAACAAUCUACUAACUAUGUUACUUCAUUCUCAAGAGAAGGCGGAGGAUGCAUUUUAUCUCUUAAAAGAAAUGAAGUCCAUGGGAUACAAUUUUGAUUCCUAUCUUUACAAAAAUACUAAAUCCCUUUUAAUUCAUCAUAGAUAUAGAAAAGUAAGAAAACUGGAAAGUGUGUCACAUGGGUAAGUUUCUAGCGAUUGGUUUUCAUUCAACGUUGCAGAUUUUUGGCUUCUCUGCCCCAUCUGGAGAGUACUAGGAGGUUAUUUUUGAAGUAGUGUUUAUCUGGCAGAUUAAAUCCACAAACCCACUUCUGUUGGUCUAAAAUUGGGUAAUUUGGGUUCCUACAUGAGUUAUGGCUUGGUUUUCAGUUUCAGAUUCUGGGUUUCCAUUUCUCCAAAUGUUUUGCUUGAAACUAGACCUGUAUGCUUAAGACAGAAAUCAUUGGUACCUGGUCUGUUUUGGGUUCAUGAAGGUGGUCUAUACUGCACUAGUUGACUUCUAUUUCCACCCUUCACAUUCCACUUCAGCAGCCGCUCAUAUGCUUUUCUGGGUAAAGGUCUCACUUCUGAAUUCUGAGUCCCUUGAAGAAUGAGUUUGGUCUUUUCUGCAUGUUGGCACCAUGAUGAUACAUGGAUCCUAUUUAAAGGACAGAUGCUGCUUCUUCUUCUUUAAAAACUGAAGCAGUAAGCAUAAGCCAUCAUAAACAUGACAAGAUGAUUCUCAGCAGUUUUGCUUAAAGGUUAAGAGUGCCAUCCAAGGCAACCAUGGAAGAGAGCAGUUUCUACUAGAAUUGACAAGGGCCAUAAGCUGCAGUUCAAUGUGCCAUGAACGUGUUGGAUCUUCAUUCUUCACCGCUGUCAGUGGGUUACUGCCUACCUAUUAAUCGCCCAAGUCUGUGUUCUGUUCCCAAAAUAUUUUACUUGAAGGCCGACCUGUAUCUUAAGAUACAAGUUAGUAUGUGGUCUGUUCUGGGUUCAUGAAGGCGGUCUAUGCUUCAAAAGUUCACUUUUAUUUCCGCCCUUUGCAUUCUACUCCAGCGGUCGGUCUUAUGCUCUUCUCGACCGAAGUCUCACUUCUGAAUCUUAACCCCCUCGAGGAUGAGUUUUGAGUUUUUUGUGCAUGUUGGUACUGUGAUGAUUUAUGGAUCUUAUUGAAAGGACAAAGGUUGCUUCUGUUUCUUUCAAACCUGAAGCAGUAAGCGUCUCAUUCAUAAACAUAAUAAGAUGAUGCUCAGCAGUUUUGGUCAAAGUUAAAGACAACCGUCCGAGCAACUCUGGAUGACUGCCAACUUCUUCAAGAAAUGACAAGGGCUAUAAUCUGCUGUUCAGUGUACCAAAAUUGCAUUGGAAAUUCAUUCCUCACUGCUGGUGUUAGUAGGUAAUUACUUUUUCUUCCCAUAUGAUAUCAAGAAUUUUCAAAGUAGCUAGGAUUAUUUCAUAUUGUUGUUCCAUAUCUUUUAAUGUACUUGUCAUCCUUCUGCUUAAUUUGGAUUUCUUUUGGAAACCUAACAGCAAACGACAAGAAGUAUACACCUCCCAACUCCAAAAAAGCAAUAGCCGAUGGUACUGUUUUUCGCAAAUUAUUUGAUUUUUUAAUAUGACUUCAUUGAUUUUGGACAAUCUGGUUCUUUGUUGCCAUGUUGAUGUCUUUUUGGGUGUUUUGUGCGCUUUUGACCUUUUGUUUUUGCUAUUUGGGAAAUCAAUCACUGGUUGGUUGUUGCUGCACUUUGUUCUUCUAAUAAAAUUGCUUUUAGGGAGUUCAUUAUGAUCAACAAGUAUGAUGUUUCAAGGAAUGUCGAAUUGUGCUGACUGGACUUCGCAAGCUAGGCAUGGAUUAUAGCUAUUCUUGGUGUUGCACAUUGUUUCAGCAGUUCAUUUGCUUUUGCAUAGUUGAUUUUGCACUUGGCAGUCACAACUUUGUGGGGGUUUUUGGUACAACUUCAAUGGCCCUUAAAACCUUUUGCUGUUUGGGAAAUUAAUCACUGAUUGUUUGUCAUUGCACUUUGUUCUUUCAGUUUGAAUGCUCUUCUGGAGUUCAUUACCAUCAAUAAUUAUGAUUUUUUAGGGGGAUACUACGAUGCAUGAAGAGUAGUGGCUUCCACCCUGCUGGUUUUUGAAUUGUGCAGACUGGACUUUUCAGGCUAAACAUGGAUUAUCGCUAUUCUGGGUAUUGCACAGUUGUUUCGGAUAGAUCAAUUGCUCUUUUCCAUAAUUGAGCUUGAACUUGGUAGUCACUACUCUUGUGGGGUUCAAAGUACAAUCUCGAUGGCCCUAAAAAUUUUGUCCUGUUCUGCUUUGUAAUGCUUGGACCUAUACAGGGUGAAUGUAUGAAUAGAAUCUGAGGCCUGAGCAUUUCUUGAUUUGUUAAUACAUGUACACUUAACUAAGGCUGCUUGCAUUUACAACGGGGGAAUGUAUACACAUGAUAAAAUACAAGAUGUAUCUUCUGUUAUUUCAUGUAUAGAUGUGAUGUUUUGUCAACUCAUCAGUUUUGUUUUGACAUACUGCUAAGAGCUUGGACAAUUGUACCUUCUAAACAGGUUGCUGGUUACCUAUUGGUCGCGCAA